UCAUUGCCAUUGGGUUGUGUGUGGCUGAGUCAGUAUAACGUAUAGAGAGAAGCAACCAUUGGUGAAAUCGAUUUUAUAAGAAACAAGAAAUCGUCCAUUAGAAGAAUCUUCAAAGGUUUAUUUGCGUGAAGCAAUCUCCAAUCAAUCGAUCGCAUCGUCGACCUUUUUCUUCUCCGAUUCUCUCUGCAUUGUUUCUUCCGGUAGGCGGAGAUGGCGUCUUCUGUGAGGAUUUGUUGCGGAGGAGGAAACGCAUGUGCCGUUCGUUGUGAUCGGCGAACGGUCACCGCUCGAUCGUCUUCGUGUGUGCUUCCGGUAAUUAAUCGACGGAAUUGGUACGAGAUCGGGAAGGUUUCGAUGGCGAUGGCAGAUUUGGCACCGACUCAUCAGGCGGUGAAGCUUGAACGGACGAAUAUCGGAGAAAGGAAACGCGGCGGAUCCGUUGUGUCGCGGGAAAAGAUCGACGAGUGGUUGAGGGAUUCGGUGGUUGAGAUCGUGAAGAAUCUGAGAGAAUCGCCGUUGUUGGUGCACUUAUACGCGGAGGCGAACGGAGGUUUGACUACAACCGCCACGAAUCCGGAGGCGGAGGAGUGGACGGCGAUGGAAGGAAGAUGGGAUAGAGGAGAAGAGAGAACGCCUGAGGGAGUGAUUUUGGUGGAGAAGCUCGCCGACGAUGAAGUAGAGGAUCGAGAUCAGAACUCAGAGGGAGAAGAUUACGGUGGCGAGAGUACAAGCGCGUGGGGGAUAGUGGCGCAGGGAAGAGGAACGGAUUGUGGACCGGUUUGCUACCUAUUGAAAACGACCCGGGUCGGUUCGGGUAUGGGAACGGUUUGCACCCAUUUCUGCUUGGUGAAGGUCAAGAGUUUCAGGGAGACGGCUGUUUCACAGUUGAAUAACUCCUGGUUGGUGCAGACUGGUCAAUGAACAGAUUCAUAGGUUUAUUUAAUGGUGAUUAUAUAUUUGGUUAAAAGUCCAAGGGAUUGAUUUGUAAAUUAUUUUUAUUCUCUUUGGGUUUGAAUUAUGAAACCCUUAUGGAUGAUCAAAUACCUUUUGUUAUCAUUACAGUAUAUACAUAAUCUUUCAACUUCUUUUAUAGAAGUUUGGAUUGGUGGUUUAAAUAAAUUGUUAAUGAAAUUUUUGGAGAACAUUGAUA